GGCAUCAAGUUAUCAGCAGAUGUCAAACCCUUCGUCCCCAAAUUAUCCAGGCUCAACGUGGCAUGGAAGGAGUCCUCAGAAGCAUGUAUCUUCCCCGGCUGUGCAGCCACCUAUUACUCAUUUGUUCAGGAACCACCAGGGGCUGAGCAGAAAAUAUAUACUGAAGAUGUGGCUUUCGGAGCAUCCGCUUUCCCACCUCAGUACCUGUCUUCAGGGAUAACCCUUCACCCGUACGCCUUUUCCCCUUACACCCUCGCGUCGGUCCCAGAUGGCGGCCCAGUGCCUGGCUCGCAGUACAGCUACAGCCAGCCCAGCGGUUACCACGGACUUCAAGCAGCACAGCCCCGAAACGAGCAUGCCUGCCCCCUCCGCCAGGAAACAAAGGCUCUGACUAAGAAAAAAACCUAUGUUGAGAAAAAGACAUGUGAUGAACCAAAGUUGGACAGUGCAAGGGCUGAUGGGACUACGUCAUCUGCGAUCAGGUCAUCUAAAGGUUCACACCACUUGCCCGUUGAGAACAGUUUGAAGUCAGAUGGUUCUAAACGAACAGAUAGGAAAUCCAGAAUCACUGCAAAAAGUGGGUCUACCUCCAAGCCUGAGUUUGAGUUUACCAGGUUGGAUUUCCCUGAACUGCAGGGUCCUGAGGACGAGAGUAUAUCAGAAAUACGAAAGCACCCCAAGUGGGGACCUGUCCCUUCUGCCUCGCCUGGCAUUUCUCUUCUGGGAGAAGUGGGAAAGCCACCUGCAGUGUUACCAGAGGGUGAAAUGGUGAAAAAAAAAAAUUCAAAUGAAUCUGUAAUUGAUAAUGCUUCCACCAGUUCCCCUUCGUGUACAAGAGAGUUGUCUUGGACACCAAUGGGUUAUGUUGUUCGGCAGACAUUACCUACAGGACUGUCACCAGCCCCUAAAAAUGUUCCUUCCACGAUAAACGUAAAGACAGUUGCUUCGGCAGCAGAUCCUAAAAGUGUUGGUAUGUCAUCAUCUGAACUUUCAUCUUCGGACCCCUCCUGCAGCAGAGAGAAGCACCCCGGCCACCCGACUAAAAAGUCCAAAGUUUCACAAGGUGGCGACCUUGAACAAAAUGAAACCUCAAGAAGGAAUAAGAAAAAGAAGGAGAAGUCUAAACCGAAAUAUGAAACCCUGACAGUGCAGGAGCCGCCCAGGAUUGAAGACGCCGAGGAGUUCCCCAACCUGGCAGUUGCAUCUGAGAGAAGAGACAGAGUAGAUGCACCGAAAUUUCAGCCCACACAGAACCCACAGAGUAAUUUUAAAAAUAGUACAAAGAAGAGCCAGAUUCCCGUACAGCUGGACUUGGGGGGAAUGCUGACAGCACUGGAAAAGAAGCAGCACUCCCAGCAUGCAAAGCAGUCCUCCAAGCCAGUGGUGUUCUCGGUCGGAGCAGUGCCAGUCCUUUCCAAAGAAGCCAUGUCGGGGGAGAGGGGCCACCGCUUCAGCCAGGUGAAGACCCCGCACAACCCUUUGGACUCCAGCGCGCCCCUGAUGAAGAAGGGGAAGCAGAGGGAGGUCCCCAAGGCCAAGAAGCCCACCUCUCUGAAGAAGAUAAUUUUGAAAGAACGACAAGAGAGAAAACAGCAGCGCCUCCAAGAAAAUGCUGCGAGCCCAGCCUUGGCCAGUGAUGGUGCGCCAGAUGUGGAGAGUGGUGACGAUGACCAAGUCCCCGAAGCCGAGCCCACAGGUCCACGGGCAGUUGAUGAAUUGGCUUCCUGCACUCCUGCCAUCGAGGACCAGCCUGAAGAGCCACUGGGCACGGAGCAGCAGAGGGACACUGGAGCGUACCCACUGGCGCCUGAGCACCCUGGCCUCCCCAAGAUCCACAGCCGGAGAUUCAGGGACUACUGCAGCCAAAUGCUCAGCAAGGAGGUAGACGCCUGCGUCACGGACCUCCUCAAGGAGUUGGUCCGCUUCCAGGACCGCAUGUACCAGAAAGACCCCGUCAAAGCCAAGACCAAACGCCGAGUUGUGUUGGGGCUGAGGGAAGUUCUCAAGCACCUGAAGCUCAAAAAGCUCAAGUGCGUCAUCAUCUCCCCCAACUGUGAGAAGAUCCAGUCGAAAGGCGGGCUGGACGACACUCUGCACACCAUCAUCGCUUACGCCUGUGCGCAGAACAUUCCCUUCGUCUUCGCCCUCAACCGCAAAGCUCUGGGGCGCAGUUUGAACAAAGCAGUUCCUGUCAGCGUGGUGGGGAUCUUCAGCUACGACGGGGCCCAGGACCAGUUCCACAAGAUGGUCGAGCUGACGAUGGAGGCCCGGCAGGCGUACAGGAGCAUGCUGGAGAGUGCGCGGCAGGAGCUGGCUGGAGAGCCCGGGCUCCAGGCCCCACCCCAGCCCCCCGUGCAGGGCCCCAGAGCCUCUUCUGAAGGCAGCGCCCCAGCUCCCACUGGAAGACAAGAACCACACUGCACCGAGGUCUGGAGAGAACGCCUGGAAGCGUACAGUCAGUGUGCCCUGGAGCUGGAGGAGUCGCUGGAGGCGUCGACCUCUCAGAUGAUGAGCUUGAAUCUUUAAGAAGAGCGUUCCUUCUCAUGGGGGGUGGGGCAGUUUGAAAAAGACUGGGGGCUUUGUCUUCUCAGUUCUUCGUUGACAUAAUAUAUUUUAUGUGACUGCUGAACUGGGAAUGAACUGGCAUGAAACUAUACUCAGACUCAAAGUUUGCAGUUUAAAGGCUGCAAAGCCCACCCGGCAGCCGCUCAGCCCUGCUGGCGGGGGCCUUCCCUGACAGCGUGGCUGUGUGGCGUUGGCUGGGAGCACACUGUGCGUCUGGAACAAGCUGCAAACCCACCUGGAGCACUCCGGCUGCGGAGACAAGCUGCCUCCCCACUGCGUUCUGAGCACAGCAGACUCCAUGCACAGGACGUGGCUGAGGGGUGCCACCCUACGGAGGCCAGUGGCAGAGCAGGAGGGCUGUGCUGAGGCCCUCCCAAGGGACGUAGCUUUGCUGCUGCUUAGAGACAGGGACGGGGAAGAUUUGCACAGUGAGCCUCAGAAGGAAAACCAGUUUCUAACCUGUGACUCUCUUGACAUGAAUUACUCCGUUUAGUCUUUAUUUUUCAAAGAAAUGGUAUAAAAGUUGUAGAUUCCACUUUCAUAAUCUACAAAUCUUUAUUUUUUUAAACAAAUAUAUUCUAAAUGGGGUUUUUGUCUUAGAGGUUAGAACAGAGUUUACUGUCCCUGUAAGCCAGGGACAGUAUUUAUUUUGAAUAAAGAGUAAUUAUUCA